AUGCAUUCAAGAGACGCUGCGUUUGCCAACAGCCCUUCAGUCUUUGCAACGAGCAUUGUCAAGUUCAAGUACCGCACCGACACCGUCUAUCUGGCCACUGGGCCCGACAAUGUUCAAGAGCGCUUCCACAACAGUUUCAACAAUAGCCUCAUUCCCGGCAAGUUCAUUCUAGUCGGGGCGGCUGGGAACCCUAGCUCCGGGAUGGAAGGUGUGCCUGUGUAUCGCCACUAUUGGGCCCGGUUGCACCACAUCUUGCACGAGAUUCCGCUCCGUCCCGAAGCAACAGACUGCCUGGCGCAGUUCUUUAUUACCUGUUGGAGAGGAGCUCGAACAGUAACCAUUGGAUAG